UUCUACUUUCUUUUUCAAAAGUCGGGAAAGAAACAAACCAGGGAUUUAUGUUUUGCGAUUGUUUGGGUAUUUUGACGCCGAUAUCCCGCUGUUCUUAAAUGGAGGAUGUAGCUCUUUGUCCGCCUCACUCCGGGUAAAGAUAAGUGUUAUUUGAAGGGCAGAAGCCUCCAAGCUUUUUAACAUUCCAACGAUCCAGAAAACCCAGCCGCCAUUACGGAGGACAGGGAAAAAGAAAUAACAAAAAUGGCGACAUUUUAGCGGAACUUAAACGCUUGUAUUAACUCUGUUGAAACAAAUCUGAUGUAGAAUGCGUUCGGCUCGGCGUGUCUUCUGGGCAGCAGUCCUCUGUGUCUCCGUCCUCAUGGCUCCAGGGAAGUGUUGUCUGUCCAAGGAGUACGAGCUAAGAGACGGCCAGUGUUGUCCGAUGUGCCACGAAGGUUCAGUGGUUAGAAGAGACUGCACUCCUCAGUCAGGCACGCGAUGUGUCCCCUGUGUGAACGGGACAUUUAUGAACCAACCCAACGGCUUGACUAAAUGUUUCCCCUGCAGCUCCUGUGACCAAGGUCGUGGUCUCUUUGUCCAACAGGGCUGCACAUCAAAAAGUGACACCAUCUGUGACGUCAUCACUGGGUACUUCUGUGAGGCCUUGGUGGAUGAUAAAGGAUGUAGUUUGUCACGCAGACAUUCAGGCUGUGGAGCUGGUCACAUGAUUAAAGAGCGUGGGACCAGAAGAACUGACACAGUGUGUGAACCUUGUCCCCCAGGCAGUUUUUCACUGGAGGGGCUGAAUUGUACACUUUGGACCACUUGCUCAGAAACCAAAGUACAGGUCAAAGAAGGAAGCCCGACCAGCGAUGCUAUUUGUGCUGCGGCUUCAAGACACCAUUACAUUAUCUUUGUAGUAAUAUUACUAAUGAUAUUACUAAUAGGAAUACUAGUUGUCCUCAGGUUCAAAGGAAGAAAUCAUCCAAAGAACCACCAGGUACGUUGGCUCCAUUUGCAAAUGUUUGUCUCAAAUAGGCUGCGCCACAUUAAAUCUGCUCCAUUACUCUCCACGUAAUCUGGGAAACAGGGAACCGUAUUUUGCAUUAAUACACUUGAAUUCGUACGUAAGCAUCACUCAAGAACCCUCAACCCAAGUUUGGACAAAGUUCUUAGCUCAAAGUGUCGGUGUCGAACUUUUAAAGGUUCAUGAGGUUGUAGCCUGCUGGAUAUUGUUGUAACGGCCUCAAAGUUUCAUUAAACGAGGAUGGCCAAAGUAAUGUAGUAGUAGAAAACAAGUAGCUCCGACUGCUGAGCCCCGUCGGUGAGCAGUGAACAAGAUAUUAAUCUGUCUGCUGAAGAGUGUCGUCGUCUCAACUAUACACUAGUAUGACGGUUGUGUGAACCUUUUCAACCGAUACACUGCCCAGCCCGAGUGCACACCACGAUAUCUAGUGUUGGGAAAGUUCACUUUCUACAUGAACUAGUUCAAAGUUCAGUUCACAAAUUUUAAAAUGAACUAGUUCAGUUCAUAGUUCAAACUUAAAUAUUUGAACUAAGUUCACAGUUCCAACUAGUUCAGUUCUUUUUUUCCAUAUGUUGCUGCAAGCUAUUAUUUUUCAAAAUUAUUGCCAUAGCCCAGAACCACAGACAGCAAAUAUUUUAUCAGUUUAAACACUGAAGCUAUGCAUCAGAUUUAAUCUUCAUAUCCAAUUUUGAAUCCUUAUCCAACCAGGGUUUACAUUAGCAUUGAGGGGAUAGCAUUUCCCCAUUGCUGCUUUAAUGUUCAUGUUUUAAUGUCCAUUCACUCCACACUAGCAGCAGCUGCAGCGUUCACCCCUACAGUACAUUCUCAAACACAUGCUGCUUGAAUGGUCUUUUUUAAAUAAGGAAUAAAAACACGACAGUUAUCAUUAAGGUGCAAAUGUUUGCAAAGAAAGGUCAGAUUCCUCCCAUCCUCACUGACCUUGUCAGAAACUUCCUAAAACUCAUUUAAAUUAUUAUACGCCGCCUCUUUGCUACAUGCAGCUGUCGCCUCCGUGCAUUUCUCUUUUUUUGAUGACGCAUGCGGCGGUGCGACACUGGUGGCUGGUGUUGCCGGAUUGGGUGUUUUUUCCGCUACUACUAAGGCGCGUUUACGGUGUGUUUUCUAUAGAAAUCUGGCACCCCAUUGAACGAUGUUAACCUGAAAGAACGUGCCGUUCACAGACACCAGAAUGAACGAAUUCACAGUAACGUUCAUCGGGCAUUAAUACAGUACGUUCAGUUCACGUUCGCCCAAAAUAUGAACGAGUUCAUGAACUAUCGUUCAAUGAACGCGUUCAGGCACAACACUGACGAUAUCCAACCCACUUGGGUCUGAAUUAACAAAUACAAGUAUUCAUAGCAUACACAGCAAUAGGAAGUUGGUAAUAUUUGUAUAUGUCAAUUCAUACAAGUAUGUUUAACAACCCGUGAUCCCAUAACUCCAACAUCUCUGUGGUGUCUGAAGGAGUUCAGUUAAGUGGCCGCAGGCCAAGCUCUUCUUCCAUGUUGUUUGAAAUGAGUGUGCUGUGGGACAACGUUCCAACGUGUUUACAUCCCAGCAGAGGCCUGAGAGCAGCGGACCAUGUGGGGAAGGGCCGGAUGGUUGAGGCGGAGCGGGGACCUCCUCCAGCGCGGUGCCAAAGCCAUCAGGCCCACUCACAAUGCUAGAGCACACUCACAGACUGCAGUGGGAUAGUGGGUACUAGAAACCAGAGCCUCGCUGCCCUAUUAGUUGCCACAGUUCUGCUGGUGCUGGUUGGAGAGGGAGCCAUGGCCCAGUUCCUCUGCCUGAAGGUCAUGGUCGUUUAGGCACCUGGGGAAACCUCGACAGUGUUUGGUUCAAGGACUCAAGAAGCAGACUGAAACCUGGCGAUAGGCUCUGAGGGGGACCAGGAGCCCAGCGCUUGCAAAAUAGCCGGAACCAGCCAAGUGUACCUGGAACCUGCCCCAGGAACGAUCGGGCGGGUUGUUUAGAACUGGUAUUUUAAAUUCGACUAGAUACGGCGUGUGGAGCGGAUCAACCCGGACUGCUUGGUUAUUGUCCUCUGGGACUUUUAACAAAGGAAACCUCAGCCACGAACGUCUUAAGUACAAACCGUUUAUUAAAUGCCCGACCAGAGAGGAGAACACGCUGGACACCAUGUCCCUCGUGCUGCGCUGGGACACUCCUACCACCAUCAUCCCUGUUCCCAAGAAGCCCAGGAUCAAAGGACUUAACGACCCAGACCUUUGUAGUCAUGAAGUCUUGAUCAGCUUUAUCCUUUAUUUAUUUUAAUUUAGA